AUGAUUGUGUUUACACUAUUAGUUUGCGCUGUGAUAUUAUUAUGUUUCGCUUACAUAAACGGAAAAUACAAUGAGCGCUAUUGGAAGAAGAGAAAUGUGGCGUUUUACUCGAAGCACAAAGUCACAGGAGUGUUUUGGGAUUUCUUAUUCAAUAAGAAAUCAGUGUUUCUUAACCUAGGUGAAAUUUACAAAGAUUUCCGCAAUGAACCGGCUGUGGGUAUCGGUACACUGUUAACACCGACAUUAUAUGUGACAAAUCCCACUAACAUUCAACAUGUGCUGGCGACCGAUUUUAACUCUUUCAACCACAGAGGAGUGGAUAUUAACCAAGGUGAUCAACUCGCUGACAAUAUUCUCUUCAUGAAUGGAAAUCGCUGGAAACUGAUGCGUCAAAACAUGACGCCGCUGUUUACAUCUACCAAACUGAAGUCCAUGUACUACAUCAUAGAUAAAAGCGCCACGGACCUCGUGGAACACUUAAAGGCGAACAAAGAGCUAUUGAAAGGUAAUGCAUUUGAUACUUUAUCUUCGUUCUGCAGUGCAGCUAUAGGAGCUGCUGUGUUUGGAGUGAGCACGGGAUCUAUUUUCGAGUCUCCAUUCCUUGAUAUGGCACGCAAUGCAUCACUAACAAGGUUGAAGGACACUCUUAAGAUGACUGUUGGUAGUUUAAGCAACCGAUUAUUCAGUGUCUUGGGAUUAAAAUUAUUUAAAGAUCACGAAGAUUUCUUCAUUGGUGCCAUUAAACAAAUUAUACGCCUACGUGAACAGGAAAAAACCAAACGACAUGACUUCGCUGAUAUAUGCGUUGAAUUACAGAAAGCUGGUAACCUAGUCGACAAAGACACUGGCUUAGAAAUAGAACCAACAGAUGAGAUAUUGGCAGCACAAGCCUUCUUCUUUUUUAUCGCAGGCGUAGAACCUACAGCUCAAGUGUUAUUUGGUACAUUAUUGGAACUGGGAAGACAUCCGGAGCACUUACAAAAACUUCAAAAUGAAAUCGAUGAAACAUUUAAAGCACAUAAUAACAAAAUUAACUUCGAUGUUAUAGGGGGUAUGAAGUACCUCGAUAUGGUCGUAAGCGAAGCUAUGCGAAUGCAUCCACCCAUUGGCUUUUUAACAAGGCAAUGCGUAAAAGACACUGUUCUGCCAGUGGGUAACAUUAAAGUUGACAAAGGCACGAAGAUAAUGACGCCAAUAUUAGAAGUCCAUUACGAUGAAAGAUACUAUUCCGAGCCCAAGAAGUUUAUGCCAGAACGAUUUGCUCCCGAAAAUAAGCACAAAUUAGUCGAUGCCGCUUACAUGCCGUUUGGGAAGGGAAAUAGAAUAUGUGUGGGUACAAGAUACGCGACAUUACAGACCAAAGCUGGUUUGGUACAUUUGCUUCGUAAUUUCUCAGUUAAUACUAUUAUUAAAGGUGAUGGACCCAAAUACAUUCUGCAUCCAAUGCAAGUGAGACUUGAAAAUAUAGAUGUUGAAUUCAUACCGAGGUCUCGUGAACAGGAAAAAACCAAACGACAUGACUUCGCUGAUAUAUGCGUUGAAUUACAGAAAGCUGGUAACCUAGUUGAUAAAGAUACUGGCUUAGAAAUAGAACCAACAGAUGAGAUAUUGGCGGCACAAGCCUUCUUCUUCUUUAUCGCAGGCGUAGAACCUACAGCUCAAGUGUUAUUUGGUACAUUAUUGGAACUGGGAAGACAUCCGGAGCACUUACAAAAAGUUCAAAACGAAAUCGAUGAAACAUUUAAAGAGCAUAAUAACAAAAUUAAUUUCGACGUUAUAUGGAGUAUGAAGUACCUCGACAUGGUCGUUAGCGAAGCUAUGCGAAUGCAUCCACCCAUUGGGUUUUUAACAAGGCAAUGCGUGAAAGACACUGUUCUGCCAGUGGGUAAUAUUAAAGUUGAAAAAGGCACGAAAAUGAUAACGCCAGUAUUAGAAGUCCAUUACGAUGAAAGAUACUAUUCUGAGCCCAAGAAGUUUAUGCCAGAACGAUUUGCUCCCGAAAAUAAGCACAAAUUAGUCGAUGCCGCUUACAUGCCGUUUGGGAAGGGAAAUAGAAUAUGUGUGGGUAUGAGAUACGCGACAUUACAGACCAAAGCUGGUUUGGUACAUUUGCUUCGUAAUUUCUCAGUUAAUACUAUUAUUAAAGGUGAUGGACCCAAAUACGUUCUUCACCCACUGCAAGUGAGACUUAAAAAUAUAGAUGUUGAAUUCAUACCGAGGUCUGUUCCCACAUAA